AUGACCGAGGGCGAGAUGGAGGACUUAGCGGAUCUGGGAUGGUCCGACCACGCUCCCCGCCCCGCUCACCUCAUCCUUGGCUUGCAUAACGGUGACCUCUUCACCCUCAUCCGGCGUUUCAACAAGCAAGUACAACAUGUUCGUGCCAUUCCUCCCCCUCCACCCGGCUUCCUCGAUCUCGAGAUCGCCAAGGACGAAGAGUUCUCGCCUGACAAGCUCCGUGCCAACCUUGAACGCUUAUACAUGACCGUCAUGAUAGGCAUGGCCGCAUUCGGCAAGCACAUAGCACGCCUUCGCUCUUGGAACGAACCCCGCCGUACUGCUGGCUUCGCUAUCGUGUACUUCAUAUCCUGGUACCUUCGCAUACUCCCCGCCGUGCUCAUCUGUACACUUGUCACCCUCAUCUUCCACGCGCCCUCUCGGCGCAAACUCUUUCCCCCCGCCCCCCUAGCCGCCAUUAGCGGAACGUCCGGCAACCUCCAGGUCCCCCGUGCAGGCACCCUCGGCUCGGACGACUCGCUCACUGGCGCGCCCGAAGCCCAUCAAGGCGAAGCCGUCGAACAGGAGGCCUCGCACUUUGUCGCGUCCAUCGCCGCCGUCGGCGCAGGCACAGUCAUGGGCCAGGGCGGCGCCCCGAAGCGCAAGCACGGCGAGGCGCGCGCACACGUCGCAAAGGACAACGAAGGCGAGAUAGAGACGGAGGUGGACGCGCAGUCGGCGAGCGGCGACUCGAUCGCGGGGGCGCUCCCGGACCCGAGCGAAUUUGCGCUGCACGCGAAGAACGUCAAGGACCAGGCGCACUCGGGCGGGGUAGUCGACCCGGCCGCGCAGGUGGCGAAGAAGAGCGUGGAGAGCGCGAUGUGGGAGAAGGCGAGACCGGUUAUGAGGAUCUUGGCCGAUGUAGCGGAUACAUGGGAGAGACUCGCCAACGCGUUGGAACCUGUGCCGCCUUUCCCAAAGUAUCAAGCUCGCUUGCGCUUGGCCGCUGUCUUCGCCCCUUUGCUCGUCGCGGCUUUCGUUGUCCCUGCCGAGGUGGUCGUCCAUGGCACUGCGCUUCUUACCGGUGUCAUUUUCUUCUCGCAACCGAUCCUCACAAGAACGUAUGAGGAGCUGAAUCGCCGAGUGCCAAACUGGCGCGAGUAUCUAGAGCUCAGGCGGACUCUUCUCAAAGGUGUGCCGACAAAUGCACAACUCACAGCCACCCUGCUGCGUAUCGCCGAAGAAGCCAAGGCUCCGCUCCCCCCGCCGCCGCUCCCUCGUCCGCACCACACUGUCAAUGCUGCUCGAGCGGCACGUCCGGACGUCUCUCAUCCUCCACAAGCGGCGGAACAGCUCAAGUCGCACGAUUUUGCGUUCAACACGGACAACUACGAGAUCGAGGGCGUGGACCACGACCAUCCUCUCGCUCAUACGGAAGGCGAAGAGUCAACGGACGAAGGGACCUACGUGGACACGGAUCGGGAGAGCGUCGAGGGCGGUGACGAGCCCGACAGCAAGAAGAAGCGGAAACAUGGUUCAAAAAUGCUCGGUUUCAUCAAGAAGACGACGCGCGCAGGCGUCGGCGGCAUCCUCGGCGUCGACCAUCUCAAGGCUAAGGUGGGCAACGAGCACGCGAAACGCCGCCUCGGCGCCGUCGCGCAACACGACUCCGGUUCACAAGCCGUCCAAGAGGCCACGGACGCGCACGCGGACGAGAGCCUCGGGCCCGUCGACGAGCAGGAGGUCGAGCGCGGGAUGGCGGAGAGCGCGCUGAGGCGCGAGGGCCCUACGAGCUUCUCUGCGCGCUUCCACGGGAAGAAGGGCCGCGUGCUCAUCGUUUCCAGCGCGGCGAGCCCGUGCCUGUCGUUCGUCGAGGAGAAGCCGCUCCGCGCGGCGCUCACGAGGCCGUCGAAGGUGCCCGGUAUAGGCGGGGACGUGUCAGACGGGCUCGCGCCGGAGAUCACGGUCGGCAUCGCGGACAUCGUCGCGCUGCGGAAGGUGGGCGGGUUCGGGUGGAAGGGGAAGCUCGUCGUCGGGUGGGCGACGGGCAAGGACGUGUUGGACGGGCUGGAGAUCGUGGAUCGGUGGGGGGAGAGAAAGGUGAUCACUGCGAUCAAGGGGCGGGACGAGCUGUUCAAUCGGCUGAUUGCGAUGGGUGGGCAGAAGUGGGAGUGUUUGUGAAUGCGAAGUGGAGGGGGAGUUCAACUGGACUUGAAGUAUGACUAUCCAUAAAGAAUCAAUCAUUGC